AUGAGGAUAACGUCGUUCAACGUCAACGGCAUCCGCUCUUUCAGCAAGUAUGUGAUGAAAAGCUGCAGAUUGAGAUUCAACGAGUAUGUGAAGAACAUCCUUAGGGCUGAUAUUCUAUGUGUCCAGGAGACCAGGGGGAGGGAGGGCGCAUUGGGGGAGUUCCAUUCACUCCGAGACUACAUCACAUUUACAAACACCAACAAAACGAACAGCAGCAGAUCUGGUGUCUCAACAAUGGUGUCCAAGAAACUGUAUUGCAGAGGAGUUCUUGAUUCACCAUUUGCAGAGGAUGGAAGGUCACUGUUAACUGACCAUGGAGAGUUCAAGGUCCUGAACCUGUACUUUCCCUUUUUCGAUGAGAGUUCUGAGAGGGACAAGUCUGAAGUGAUUGGGUUCUAUGAUGCGAUUGGGGAGUUUAUCAGGGGCCACGAUAACAUAAUUAUGUGCGGGGAUUUCAAUGCAGUCUAUUCGAUCAUCGACCACUACCAGUUCUAUAGCGAGCUCUUGCGCAUACAACGCAAGGACAGGCCAGGCCUAGAAGAAGGGGCUAAGGAAAGAAGACGGGCCCGGAAAUCUCCGACCAGGCUCGAGCUGCCCUAUGAGUUCUAUGCAGAGGAUGCACUAGAGAGCUAUCUUCUUGAGACGGAGCAAAGAAAAUGGCUGAGGAGUUUAAUUGAUGGCGGGGAAUACAUAGAUGCCUAUAGAGCUUUAUGCAAGAGACCCGAGUCGUACACAUGCUGGAAUACAAUGCUCAACCUGCGUCCCCGCAAUCUGGGUACAAGAAUAGAUUACAUUCUCAUUCCGGCUAGGUUUCUGAACAGGCUCAAGGACUGUGAUAUACAACCGGAAAUCCAUGGGAGUGACCACUGUCCGGUGUAUGCGGAAAUAGAUUUCGACGUUGUAGACGAUGGAAACAACAUUCUAAGCAAGAGAAAAAACAACCUGCUUGACUUCUUCGGAUUGUGA